GAUCUGUGUCCGUGUGAGACCACAUUGCUCUGGUGUCCUGUAUGCCCUGGGAACACAACGCCCAGUGCAAAUCUGGUGACUGGCUGGCUGGAAUACCACGCUACUCCUUCUCCUUCUGAGGACAUCCCAUUCCAGGACGGUGCUUUGCUCUCACUUCCUCACAGCAUGGAGCCAACCAAAGUCCAGUCAGAGGGUGGCCUCAAUGUCACCCUUACCAUCCGCCUCCUCAUGCAUGGAAAAGAGGUUGGAAGCAUAAUUGGAAAGAAGGGGGAAACAGUAAAAAAGAUGCGAGAAGAGAGCGGGGCACGAAUCAAUAUUUCUGAGGGGAACUGUCCAGAGAGGAUUGUCACCAUUACCGGACCAACAGACACCAUCUUCAAAGCUUUUGCUAUGAUCGCCUACAAAUUUGAGGAGGACAUAAUCAAUUCCAUGAGCAACAGCCCAGCAACCAGCAAGCCCCCUGUCACCUUAAGGCUUGUAGUGCCAGCCAGCCAGUGUGGCUCCCUCAUAGGUAAAGGAGGCUCCAAAAUAAAAGAAAUGAGAGAGUCCACAGGGGCCCAGGUUCAGGUGGCAGGAGACAUGCUGCCCAACUCCACAGAGCGUGCAGUGACAAUCUCUGGAACCCCAGAAGCCAUCAUCCAAUGUGUCAAACAGAUCUGUGUGGUCAUGCUGGAGUCUCCACCAAAAGGUGCCACCAUCCCUUAUCGCCCAAAGCCCGCCUCCACCCCGGUCAUUUUUUCUGGGGGCCAGGCCUAUACAAUUCAGGGACAGUACGCCAUACCACACCCAGAUCAGUUGACCAAGCUCCACCAGUUGGCUAUGCAGCAAACCCCCUUUACCCCUCUCGGACAGACCACCCCUGCUUUCCCUGGUUUGGAUGCCAGUCCACCAGCCAGCACCCAUGAACUCACCAUUCCUAAUGAUCUAAUAGGCUGCAUCAUUGGACGCCAGGGAACCAAAAUAAAUGAGAUUCGACAGAUGUCUGGAGCGCAGAUCAAAAUUGCAAACGCCAUGGAGGGCUCAUCAGAGCGCCAGAUCACCAUAACAGGGACUCCAGCUAACAUCAGCCUGGCCCAGUAUCUCAUCAAUGCCAGGUUCAGGGACGUGGCUGCCAUGUGGAAUGACCCCUCAUCCAUGACUACAUCCUGAAGUCACACCAAAUCUGCCUCUGUUUGCAGAAGCUAACAUCAAAACCACAACUGCUUCACAAUUAACCUCUACGUGUUAUCCCAUGGAACUUUCCUUAGACUCCCUUGGUUUUACAUAACACUUUAACAUUAGCCUGUGAGUGACCUAUAGUAAAAGUCAGACUAACAACACAGGGAUUUGUUUUAAAUGGAUGUAGCCAGUGUAUCAUUAAGAAUAGUUUGACAUUGUGGGAUAUUCAGUUAAGAUUAUUAAUAUGAUUGCAUUGAAUUAGAUAAGAAUAUCUACACCACUCUCAUCUCUGUCACUUGAAUAUGAAGCUAGGAGAUAAUUAGCUUAGCUUAGCUUAGCUUAGCAUAGCAAAGGUUGGAAACAGCUAGCCUAACUCUUCCCAAUUCAUAGCAGCACAUCUAAAGUUAACUGAUUCACACUGAAGGCAAGGCUUCAGGCUUCAUUGCUCCCCUCAGAGAUGUAGUUUGACACACAGCCCCAUGUAAAAAGUCUUCCAAGCUAUACAGCCUCAUAGGCCUUUUUGUUCUUACUAUCUAAUACUAUCCACUGGGGAAUUUCCUAAACUGGCGCUCCUAUUGGUGGACGAUAAAAUAGCUUGUAUAUGAACAGUAAUGGUUGCAGGUUUAAACAUGUGAUCAACAUUGUUAAACCAUUACAGCUGCGCCAAAACUGCAUGAUUAGGUUAAGGCAACAAAACUCCUUGGUUAGGCUUAGAAAAAAAGACCACAGUUGAGCUUAAAAUUAGUACAUCUAUCACUGACAAAACGUAAAGUCCAUAUCGCACAUGACACACGUCACAUACUAAGACAGUCUGUGUAACAUUGUUAAAAUACAUCCAUAUUGAUUUUUGGUUUCACACAGGACAUGAACAGCAGUUCCUGAAUAAAAGUCCUGUGUUUGUUUGACCCAUUUACUUCCCUUCUGUCCCACGUCUUUUUUUCUAUGAAAUAAACAAACUCUGAUUUGUAAGUAAGUUUUAUUGGUGUUGGUGAGUCUGCUAACUUAAGGCGGAGCCAGGUUAGGUGUUUCCCCCUGUUUCCACUCUUUAUGCUAUGCUAUGCUAUGCUAUGCUAAGCUAAGCUUAGCUAACCAUCUCCUCACUUUAAUGAGCAGACUUGAGAGCGGUACUGAUCUUCUCAUUUUACUACAAGAAAUAGAGUGUAUUUCCCAAAUGUCACACUAUUCCUGCAAGUAUUUAUUUAGCAUGCCUCAUUCCAGGAACAAUAUAUAUUGUGUUUCUUUUUGUCAUUACUAUAUUAGAUACAUUUACCUAUUAAUUCCUAUUGUGUCUGGAAAGAGUAAAAUGAAUAAAAAAUGUAAAAUGAACAAAAAAAGCAAAGAAAAAAAAAAAGGACUAAACACAUGACUGCCAAUUGAGCAAUGCUGUUAGAGAGAAGAGUGAUGUGAUGCCUCUGUCAGGGAAUACAGCAAUUUCUACACUAGACAUUUUUCAUUACACUACCAUUCUUUUCUGUCCACUGCAUGGCUUCAUGAGUGGGUUAGUAUUGCAUGGUUAUGUUACCAUAUUUUUUUUUAGAAGUUAAGAUGUUUUAUGUCAAAGGGUACAAUGAAAAUAUGGUAUCUAAUCUGUGUGAAAAGACAAACAAACAAACUGGUGCCAACAAGAACUAGAGCACAAAGCCAGCCAUUGCAGCAUAACUUUCACUUUCAAGCGAAAGUUCCUCUUUCACAGCUGUAUUUUUAUUUUUUCUCUGUCUGCCUCCCCACCCUCCC